UGGUGUUAAACAACUUGCCUAUAGCGAUACAAAAUCAUUUAAUCUGUUGAUACGACUCGCACGACGAUCAUUUUUAUCUUGCAAUAAAUAUUUCCUUCUAUCAAUUCGGAUCAUUCAAUUUGCGAGUAUCGAUCAUUACGCGACCUUCAUUUAUUGUAUGUUAUGUCUUUAGCUUCAAACAAACAUACGUUUACGUUCAACAAAUAUAUUAUCCAACCAGUUACCAACUAACUUUCGUUAGACAUUGCAUCUUCGAGACUUAAAUAAAAAAAAAUCUGAAAAAUUAAUCACAAAUUCGUCGUAGAGACACCUGGUAUUAAUCGGUCCGACGUUUUCACCGACUUAACAUUAAAGUGUGAGAUGUGAUGUGAUUUGAUAUUAAGUGCAGUGAUAUCUCAGGUGAAGUAAAAUUUAUGCAUAAACAUAUCGACGAACGAGUCUGAAUUGCAAGAUUACAGAUUUUUGGUUUUACAUUUGAAUUUCAUUAACUACACUUUUAUAACCCACGCACAUAUUCGUUUUUGAAUUAUUUCUUUUUUUGGCCAGGUUUAUUCGUAAAGUGACUCUCAGUUUCAGUUGAUGGUAAAUAUUACGAACAAACAGUAGAAACUUGCAAAGAUGUUUAAGUGUUGUGUAGUCUUAAUCGUCGUGAGUUUAAUAUUGAAUUAUUGCUCCGGUUUCGUUCAAACUUCAAUUGCAAUCAUUGGAACUGGCCCGUCUGGUUUAGUCACGGCUAAAUAUGCAAUUGAACAAGGUUUUAAUGUGACCGUUUUUGAGCAAAACGACGUUAUUGGUGGUGUGUGGUGGUACACCGAUGAAAUCGGCAAAAACAAAUAUGGAUUACCUAUUCACACAUCGAUGUAUAAGGGAUUACGGACGAAUGUACCAACUCAAAUGAUGCAAUUUUCCGAUCAUGUGUAUGGCAAAAAUAUAGUGUCGUUUCCAUACCGCAACGACAUAUGGAAUUAUCUCAACUCAUAUGCGCUUCGAUUUGAUGUUAAGAAAUCUACUCGAUUCAAUCAUGUGGUAACCACCGUAACACCAAUCGAAGACAACAAAUGGAAAGUGGUGGUCAAAGAUCUGCCGAACAAUAAAUUCGAAUCGAGUAUAUUUGAUGCGGUCAUCGUUUGCAAUGGACACAACUUUUUGCCGAAAAUACCGAUGAUCGAGGGUGCCGACGAUUUCGGUGGUAGGAAAAUACACAGCCACGAUUUUAGAAAUGCAGAGAAUUUUGUUGGUGAAAAGGUUCUUGUGAUAGGAAGCGGUUCCAGUGGGAUUGAUCUAGUGGCUCUAUUAUCCCAAACAGCAAACCAUGUGACAUGGAGUCGUCGUUCGGAUAAAUUGAAAUUCCCGUAUAAAAAUGUGACCUAUAAGCCAGAUGUGAAACGGUUCACUAAAACCGGAGCUGAAUUCGCUGAUGAUACCGCGGAAGAUUUCACUGUAAUUUUUUACGCAACUGGGUUCAAUUUUGAUUAUCCAUUCUUGGGCAACGAAAGUGGAAUCACAGUGGACAAUAAUUUUGUGCAACCACUGUACAAAAACAUCUUUAACAUCGAACAUCCAACGUUACUAUUCAUUGGCGUCUUAAGUGGACUUCAUCCGACCUUUCCCACUUAUGAGUUGCAAGCUCAAUUCGCUUUAAAAUAUUUAUCCGGAGAGCUGACACUACCAUCGAAAGACGAAAUGUUGAAUGACAUAGAAAGUCAUAUGAGAAUUCAUAUGGAACGCCAUCAGAACAAUCGUUCGUCGCAAUUUUUCGCUUUGGAGCAUCGCGACUAUUUUCUGGAAUUGAGUGCUCUGGCAAAAAUCGAAAGUCCACCGGAAGUGAUAUCGACAAUGUACUUGGAUAAUGAUGCGAUGAGAACGGGUGAUCCGGUCACAUUUCGCAAUUAUCGGUACAUAGUUCUUGAUGAUAUUAGAUAUAUUAAGAAAAAGUAUGAAAAUUAACUUUGAAAGGAAUUUGCAUAGAAAUACAG